AAUAGAAAAAUGAUGUCUUAAUUUCUUCUGGAACCUCAAUGGGAAAGAAGGAAAGUCGGAAGGUAGGGGAGAAAUGGCGGUGAGACAGAAAGCAGUGGCGACGCUGCCGGCGUUGAUGCGAGCUAUGAGGAAGGGAACCCCAAACCCUAACCAUAUGCCGUUGAAUCAACCGUUGCCUUCACUGAGACGAGCAUUCUCACUUUACGAUCAAAUCAAUCUUAUCGAUAACGUUCCUGAAGAUCAAUUGCGCUUCCAACAGUUUACUGAUACCGGGUUCAAAGUUAAUGGGGUACAUUAUGAAGGUAGCUUGCUUUGUGUUGGCAACUUGUUAAUGUCUUGGCAUCCCAAGAAACUUUCGGAGGUUACUUCAGAAAGCUUAUCUAUCUUCCAGACUGUGCGGCCAGUUCCAGAGAUUCUGCUUCUUGGCUGCGGGAGGUACAUUCAACCAGUAAAUCCUGAGCUUCGUGCCUUUAUUCGUUCUACUGGAAUGAAAUUGGAAGCAGUUGACUCUAGAAAUGCUGCAUCAACUUACAACAUUUUAAAUGAAGAAGGAAGGAUUGUGGCUGCUGCACUUCUCCCAUAUGGAGUAGAAUCAUAGUUCAUAGGCCUAUGAUAUAUAUGUUUUUUCUUUAACAAAGUCAAGCUGAUUAAUCAUGUCUGGAAAUCACUUUGCUUUUACUGGAAAUCAAAAUGAAGGAGAAUAUCUUGCCAAUUACUUUAUCCCAAAUUUGAUGGGACUACUCUGUUUACAAUUGACACAUCAUGCUCUAGUAAAAUACGUUUUAUUUUUCAUUA